GGACGCAGAACGCUUGUUUGAACCUAGACAGCAACCUCUGUGGCUCUCUGCAUCGGCAACCAAAAUCCUCCGGAGUUCGAAGGAGAAAGAAGAAGAUUGCGAACAAAAAUGUCGUCUCUUGCCACAUUUCAACUACUACUACCCCCAUUUCCCUCCUCCUCCUCCUCUUCUUCUACCAAACCAACCUCUUUUCUUUGUCUUCUCCCCCUCCUCACUUCGCCUCUACAGCGCCGCGCCCACCUUAAUCGGAAUUCGCAACAUUUUCAUGGAAUUCCACUCGAACACAGAUCGAAAUCUGGGCGGAAGUUCGGAUCCUUCCGCUGCUUCUCGGCAUUAUCUCCCGAGCUGAAAACAACAAUCGACAAAGUCGUUACAUCGGAGAAAGUCGUUCUGUUUAUGAAGGGAUCAAAAGACUUCCCACAAUGUGGAUUCUCUCAUACGGUAGUACAAAUAUUGAAGUCCUUAAAUGUGCCCUUCGAGACUAUAAACAUUCUAGAGAACGAACUAUUAAGACAAGGACUGAAGGAGUAUUCAAGCUGGCCAACCUUUCCUCAGCUGUAUAUCGAUGGAGAGUUCUUUGGUGGUUGUGACAUAACAGUUGAAGCAUACAAAAGUGGAGAAUUGCUAGAAGUGUUGGAGAAGGCCAUGUGUUCUUGAAGGCCGUUGAAAGGUAAGGUUUGGCAAUGCUUCUUGACUUAUUUUUUAGUGAUGGAAAUAUGUAUAUCAAUAUGACAUUUAUGUUACUCAAGGCUUUAUGACAAAAGUUAAGGUUUGUUUUAA